GUCGACAAGAAAUGUUAAUUUCUGAAAGAAGUAAAGAAUCUGAUGCCAUGAAACGUGAAUUGAGCAUAGCAUUGGAAAUGAUUGAAGGACACAAGUUGGAGUUGCGUGACCUAAGGGACAAAUUUACACUGAAAAUGAAUGAGAUUGGAGAAAUUGAUGAAGAAAUUAGGAUGCUUGUAUCUGUUAGUCAAGAGAAAGAAAGGAAGCAUAAGCGGCAAAUACAAUCCUUGACCAUUCUUGUUCAGUGUUUAUACACGAGUAUUGCUGAUUUUGAAUGCAGAGUAAUGGAAGAUAUUACAAAAAAUAAUAUGAGAUUGGACAAUUUGAGUUCUCAAUUGAGAGCUCUUAUUCGGAAAGCUAAAGUAAUCAAAGGCACGGAGUUGAUGUACAAACAGAGGCUUGAAAGGAGGAGUUCUGACCUUCAAAAGGCUGAAGCUGAGGUUGAUCUUCUGGGGGAUAAGGUGGAUGCUCUUUCGAGCCUUCUUGAGAAAAUAUACAUAGCACUUGAUCAUUAUUCUCCAGUAUUGCAACAUUAUCCUGGGAUUAUUGAGACUCUGAAGUUGGUUAGAAGAGAAUUGGGAGGAAAAUAUACAAAACCAGCUUGAUCUGCUCUUCCAUAAG